AUGACGUCGAUGGCAUCCGAGUCCGUCGCGACCAUUCUUUGUACCUCGAAGCAAACGCGCUUUCACAUUGACCAGGCAAACUAUCGAGAGCUCGAUAUUGAUGGCGUCAACAUUACCAUCGUCGAAGGCUCCAAACAAGGCGCGUCUGCCAAGGGCAAGUCCAAAGCUCGCAGUCAAGGACUUGAGAUCCUGUCCGGCGCCAGACUGCGUCUAAAAGAAGGCCGCCGAUAUGCUCUCAUAGGCCGAAACGGGACGGGAAAAUCUACCCUUCUCAAGGCUAUUGCCGAGAAGCUCAUCCCAGGCAUCCCGGAAGACUCCCGGAUUGCUAUCCUGCAGCAGACAAAGCUUAACUCCGAAGAACAGCGCAAAGAUGAGACUGCAGCAACGCAGAUGAAUACGCGACAAGAAGUCAUUGAACGGGCCACUUCGCGUAGCACCAUCGAGCAAGACAUCAAGACUCUAUCUGAUGGCAUCGACUCAACAGAUCCCUUUGCGCCCGUACGCGCUGUCCGCAAACUCAAGCACCAUCGUUUACAACAGCGCCACUUUCUGCUUGACAAGGACGCUCGGCUUCGGAGCGGCGCUCGUGGCAUGGCCGCCCGCAAGGCCCUCGUCGCCAUUGAAAAGAUCGUGGACGAGUCGCAAGAGCAGGUCGACCAGCCCUCGGCCGAGAUCACGCCCGAAAAGCUACAGGAAGAAACGCAAGAGGCCGCCGACAUGCUCGCCGAGCUGCAGAUCCAAGUCGAGCCGAGCCGCGUGAGCGAGAUCGAGACGAGGGCGCUACGCAUCCUCACCGGUCUCGGCUUCACCGAAAAGGUCAUGGAACAGCCCCUCUCGAGCCUCUCCGGCGGCUGGCACAUGCGCGCGAGCCUCGCCGCGGUGCUCCUGCAGGAGGCCGACAUCCUGAUCCUCGACGAGCCGACCAACUUCCUGGACCUCCUCGGCAUCAUCUGGCUGCAGAAGCACCUCGAGGCGAUGCAGGACGCCGCCGAAAAGCCGCCCACACUCAUCGUCGUCUCGCACGACCGCGCCUUCAUCGCCCUCUGCACCGACCUGCUCAUCCUCCGCGACAAGGAGCUGACCUACUUCCACGGCGACCUGCCGACUUUUGAGGCGUCGCGUGCCGAGCGCAAGGAGCACCUGGCCAAGGUCAAGGAGGCGCAGGACAAGCAGCGGGCGCACAUUGAGAAGACGAUUGCGCAGAACAUGAAGGCCGGGCGGCAAAACGACGAUCAGAACAAGAUCCGGCAGGCCAAGUCGCGCCAGCGCAAGCUGGACGACCGCUGGGGCAUGCAGGUCAGCGAGAAGGGCCACCGGUUCAGGCUCAACGACAUGGUCGGCUUCUUCCACAACAAGCGCCUGGACAUCGAGGUCCCCGUCGAUGAGCGGCCCGUCUCCCUGGAGCUGCCCGCCCCGACCGAGCUGCGCUUCCCCGGCUCGCUGCUCUCCGUCGAGGGGGCGAGUUUCCGUUACGCGCGCGGCGCCACCCCGGUCGUCAAGGACGUCCACCUGACCGUCGGCAUGGGCGACCGCGUCGGCGUGCUCGGGCUCAACGGCGCCGGCAAGUCGACCCUCGUGCGUCUCCUCGUCGGCGAGUCCGCCCCCACCACCGGCACCGUCACCACCCACCCUCGCCUCAAGCUCGGCCACUACGCGCAGCACGAAGUCGAGGCGCUGCAAUCCCUCGGCCGCGAGUCGCCCUCCCUCACCGCGCUCGCGCUUCUCACGCGCGACGUGGACGGCACGCUGAACGAGGGCGAGCUCCGCGGGCUCCUCGGCGAGCUCGGGCUGCCCGGCCGGCUGGCGUCGGACGUGCCGGUCCGGAAGCUGUCGGGCGGACAGCUGGUGCGGUGCGCGCUGGCGCGGCUGCUGUGGCGGAGGCCGCACUGCCUGGUGCUGGACGAGAUCACGACGCACCUGGACUACGAGACGGUGACGGCGCUGCGGGCGGCGCUGCGGAGGUGGGAGGGCGCGGUGGUGCUGGUCAGCCACGACCGGUGGUUUGUGCGCGGCGUCGUGGAGGGCGUGGACGAUGAUGGCGAUGAUGAGGAUGAUGAGGAUGGGAGCGAUGAGGGCGGGGAGGGUACGGCGUUUCGGAGACGGGUCGUGUACAGGCUCAAGGGCGGCGAGAUGUCGGCGCUCAAGGGCGGCGUGGAGGAGUUUGAGAACAUCAUGGAGAAGCGCGUCAAGAAGCUCCUGGUGGCGUGA